AGGCUCAACGGGUCUUCCGAAGCACGGAUGGGUCUUAGGGCGUUCUGGUCGCGAAUGGGUCUUCCGGGGUUCUGGAGCGCGGAUGAGUCUUCCGAAGUUCUGGACGUGGAUGGGUAUUCAGAUGACGGGAUGGGUCUUCCGAAGCUCUAUCUUCCGGGGCGUUGAUGGGUCUUCCGAUGACUCAACGGGUCUUCCGGGGCUCUGAUACCAAGUGUUGGAAGACUUAUCGGAAAGCAUCUUCUUUGUCACUUCCUUAGAGUGAAGCCCUGAGGAAUUUGUCUCUAAUGCCUAGGCAAGUUGUUGCUACUGGUGGUGGGGCAGUGGUCCGUGAUAUCAAUUGGAAAUAUAUGAAAAAGGGGCUCACCGUCUAUCUGCAAGUUCCCUUGGAUACUUUGGCACGCCGAAUUGCUGCCGUAGGCAUGGAUUCUCGGCCUCUCUUGGAUUUUGGGUCAGGAGAUGCUUACACAAAGAUAUUCAUGAAUUUGUUUACGCUGUCGAAAAAGAGAAGGCAGGCGUAUAGUAACGCAGAUGUAACGGUUUCUCUUCAGCACAUUGCAACACAAGAAGGUCUUGAAGAUUUAUCUAACAUCACGCCAUCCGCUAUUGCACUGGAGGUACUGGUGCAGAUUCAGGGCUUCCUGCUGCGCAACGAACGCGAAAUGUCCAUAUGAACAUUUUUCUGUUCACAUU